GCUGGCUGUGUAGUCAAUAAUGCCAUCAUCAGGAAAAAUAGUGUGAUAGGACAGCCCACAGAAGGAGCUCUCGUUGCCCUUGCAAUGAAGAUGGAAUUAGCUGACAUAAAAGAUACUUAUGUAAGAAAGAAGGAAAUUCCGUUUAGCUCUGAACAGAAGUGGAUGGCUGUGAAAUGCACGCUGAAAAAUCAGGAUCAGGAAGAUAUCUACUUUAUGAAAGGAGCGUUUGAAGAAGUUAUUCAGUAUUGCACCCUGUAUAACAGCAGUGGCAUCUCCUUAUCACUUACACCCCAGCAGAAAGCUUUCUACCAGCAGGAAGAGAAACGAAUGGGGUCCUCAGGUCUACGGGUGCUUGCUUUGGCUUCAGGUCCAGAACUUGGCAAACUAACCUUUUUAGGUCUGGUUGGAAUAAUUGAUCCCCCGAGGGCUGGAGUGAGAGAAGCUGUUCAAGUCCUUCUGGAGUCUGGUGUAUCAGUAAAGAUGAUAACUGGAGAUGCCCUGGAAACUGCUGUGGCCAUAGGACAGAAUAUUGGUCUCUGCAAUGGGAAGCUGAAAGCCAUGUCUGGGGAAGAGCUGGACCAACUGGCAGAGGCAGAGCUAUCAUCCACUGUCAAAAAUGUUUCCAUAUUUUUCAGAACAAGUCCAAAGCACAAACUAAAAAUCAUAAAGGCUUUGCAGAGGGCUGGUGCUGUUGUGUCAAUGACAGGAGAUGGUGUUAACGAUGCCGUGGCCCUUAAAUCUGCUGAUAUUGGGAUUGCAAUGGGACGAGCUGGGACAGAUGUCAGCAAAGAGGCUGCCAACAUGAUUCUCGUGGACGAUGACUUCUCAACACUAAUGAAUGCAAUAGAAGAGGGAAAGGGAAUAUUUUACAACAUAAAGAAUUUUGUCCGGUUCCAGCUGAGCACGAGCAUUUCAGCUUUGAGCCUGAUUACUCUCUCAACGGUGCUCAACCUACCCAAUCCACUCAAUGCCAUGCAGAUCUUAUGGAUCAACAUCAUCAUGGAUGGGCCCCCAGCCCAGAGUUUGGGAGUUGAACCUGUUGAUAGGGACACGAUCAAACAGCCACCCAGACGCAUCACGGACACCAUACUCAGCAAAUCACUGAUCCUGAAAAUCUUCAUGUCAGCUACAAUUAUCAUCAGUGGAACCCUCUUCGUCUUCUGGAAGGAGAAUCCAAAAAGUGGCAUCACUCCUCGAACCACCACGAUGACUUUUACCUGUUUUGUGUUUUUUGACCUCUUCAAUGCCCUGACGUGCCGCUCUCAGACAAAGUUGAUAUUUGAAAUAGGCUUUUUUCGAAACCGCAUGUUCUUGUAUUCUGUGCUUGGGUCAGUUUUGGGACAGCUGGCUGUUAUAUACGUCCCUCCACUACAAAAGAUCUUCCAGACAGGGAAUUUAGGAGUACUAGACCUGCUGUUUCUCACUGGCCUGGCCUCCUCAGUUUUCAUUGUGUCUGAGUUUGUCAAGCUCUGUGAAAAACGCUGCUGCCAGCCAACGCAGACAAAGGGAUGCCCCAACUGA